UGAUUUUGCAUUUCUAGGGAGAGAACUGUAUGUAAACAAUACAGUUCUCUACCCUGUCAGCUCCUGCACACUGUUUUGCAUGGCUCUGCAUAGCAGAGCCAUGCAAAGCAGUGUGCUUACAUUGAAGUACACACACACAUGCACACAGUAAGACAGCACACAGUUAACCCUUUCAUCGCCCCAGAUGUUAACCCCUUCCUGCCCAGUGCCAUUAGUACAGUGUCAGUGCUUUUUAUUAGCACUGACCGCUGUAUUGGUGUCACUGGGGAUGUCAGUGACACCAAGUCAGUCCAGCUAUAAGUCGCUUAUUGCUGCC